AUGGAGAACCUCUUUCCUGCCUUCCGGUUCCACACCCCGUCGACAGUCAGCAUCACGCCAUGGGCACCGCCAAAAGCUACGCGUAGCUCGCGACGGCAGCGAGGUGGUGACGGGGCCACGCCGCUCGCAAAGCCCGUCGUGCUUGUCCGAUCCACGUCGGUGCAUCACCCGGCAAACAACCAAGUGGUCGAAGGACCGUACGAUCCGUCGUUCAACCCGUCGCCGCUCUCUCUCGCCUCCAAGCGACCCGUUGAGACACCGAUUUCCCGACGCAAUCGGCGCGCGCUUCACAGCACAACCACGCCAAAACCACCGCUGAGCGACGCGCUCGCCUCGGUUGGUGUCGUCUUCAACAACCAGUCGGAGGACGACCUUGAAGUGUUCUGUACAAAGCUCAGCGCCCGGCGCAUCCUCGAGUUCCGCCUCGAACCCGGUGCCACGUCCGAGCGGCACGUUGUUGGACGACCCACCACGCCAAAUUCCUUUCAAGGCAUUCAGCUUGUCUACUUUGGCUUGGAGCGUAACAUGAUGGAGCCGGGGUACCGGUUCCCGAUUGCGGCCACCGACGUCGCUGUGAGCGAUGCCACCCCCGAAGGCAUUCGCAUGGCCUUUGCCUCCAACUGCAUUGGCGACGAGGUCUACGAACUCUACAGCGUUGAUCGGCUCGGGCGCGCGACGCACGUCGCCGAGCUACCGCGUGGCGAGCCAUUACGCGUCACCGCGUCGCCCAGCCAGCCGUACAUUGUGCAGUGCAUGUCGAGCCAACGCGGCGUCGCGAUCACGGUGGACGCAAGCGUUUUGACGUCCAAAGCCCGCUACUCAAUCGUGCUUGACGACGCGGCGCAUAGCAUGUCGUUCAUGGCGCAAACUCUCAAGAGCACGGACGAAAACAUCGUGUUGAUGUCGUUCUUGCCGUCGCGGCCACUCGACUAUUCCUAA